CCUGCUUGCGUGAGAGUUACCCGACGAGUCCCUUUCCUUUUGUCAAACGUCGAAAAUAUCCCGUGAGGCUGGAUUUGGAUCGGGGCAAAAGGGCACCUUAAGUCAUAACUAGGAACUAGUUGGAUUCGAAGCGUUGGGUCCUUACUCGGUUUGGGUUUGUGAAUCUGUGAUUAGCGAAAAUGGUUCCUCGGUUUUGGGAGUUUAAAUCUACAAGUUCUUAUUUAAGCCCUAUGCUUUUCUGGGAAAGAGCGUGCCACCGCAUAAAAAACGAAGUAAUAAAAGGUCAUCUCAUCUGUUUGAGAUAUAUCAGCGUCUUUCCAUAAAUAUAUGUGCGAAGAAAGUGGUAUACUGGUAUUUCAGAUACAACACACCGACACAUACACAGAAACUGGUCGUUCCCAAUUCACUGAUCUUCCAGACAAUAUCAGAGAGCUAAAACAGCAUAGAGGAAUUAUUAACUGCCAAAAUGCGACCAAUGCAAAGGAGGAGGACCGUGGCUGGCAUUGAUCAAGAUGAACUACUGGAACCAUCCUUGCUGGCUGACCCGGACAGUUGUUUCUAUGAGUUCAAUGGUGUCCAUAUUCACCAUAAGAUCUGUAACGCAGAAGAUGAUCAAGUAGGUGACCUAAUGGACAUCUCAGUCCAAGGGGAAGCAUCUAAUUCCCAUUUAAGAGAUGGCAGAUUAGGACUGCCCAUGAUUCUUCUGCAUGGUUUUGGGGCAUCUGUAUUCUCAUGGAGCAGAGUGAUGAAGCCACUUGCGAGUUUGGUUGGAUCCAAAAUUCUUGCUUUUGACCGACCUGCCUUUGGAUUGACAUCAAGAGUGCACUACCCUCAUAAGCCUAGCUCUACACUGGUGUCUUCCGCUCAUUUGAAUCCUUAUUCAAUGGCUUUCUCUGUCCUUGUUACGCUUUCCUUCAUGAACUUGUUGAUGGCAGAUAAAACAAUUUUAUUGGGGCAUUCAGCUGGAUGUCUUGUAGCAGUUGAGGCUUACUUUCAAGCACCUGAACGUGUUGCUGCAUUAAUCCUUGUUGCUCCUGCAAUUGUUGCACCACUUGUCUCAUCUAAUCCAAAGAAGGAAAGUUCUACCGAAAGAGAAAAUGUGUUCAAUAACAAAGACUCUGUUACAAAUGGCCUGAACUUUUAUCGUUUUUGUGCAUUUCUCUUUGAAAUCUAUCUUCAAGUCAAAAGAGCCAUAAUUUGGAUGAUAAAAGGGUUAAUGAAUUUGAUCUCCUAUUCCUACAAGAAAUUGCUGUCAGCAAUUCUGCGGUCUCAUCUGGCUAUUUUUCUGGUGAGGUUGAUAAUUGACAGAUUUGGUGUAACGGCUGUUAGGAAUGCUUGGUAUGAUGCAAACAAAGCCACUGAGCAUGAUGUUAAUGGCUAUACGAAGCCACUAAGAGUUAAGGGAUGGGAUAAGGCACUUCUGGAGUUUACAAUAGCUAUGCUCGUUCACACUGAAACUGAGCAAAAGACAGCAAUCAAGAACAGACUUUCUGAUAUCACAUGUCCAGUUCUAAUCGUCACUGGGGACAACGAUCGUCUUGUUCCUGCGUGGAACGCCAAACGGCUAUCACAAGCUAUUCCUGGUUCACAACUGGAAGUGAUCAAGGACUGCGGCCACUUGCCCCAUGAAGAACAAGCUGAAGAAUUUCUAUCUGCUGUCAGAACAUUUUUGUCUAGGGCUUUCAGCAUUCAAAGCCAUGACGUUAACACAGCAGGAGCAUGAGUCAUUGCAAAGAAGCUCACCUCCAAUGUAUAUAUAGCAAUACUUGAAACUCCGAAAUCAUGCAUGUUCAGGUAAGAAGCUCAGAUGUAUUACCUUCUGGACCAAUUUCCGCAAGGAAAAUGGAAUUUCUCAUACCAAGGUUUACCAUGUUCCUACAACGAAUUACUUAUUUAGGCUUGUUUAUACA